ACGACAGUAAAGACGCAUGACUGCUGGUGCCUCUCAGCUGUCAGUCGUUCUCACGUUGAUGCAACAAACGCCGAAUCAUUGAUUGAGAGAGUCGCUACCAUGGCGAGUGCCAACCGUGCACCGGGGGAGACGGUGUCCACGCUGCUGCUGCUGUUGUCAUUGUUGGCCCCGCAGCAACCAACAGCAGCAGACACCGAUCUUCCCGCGCUGCACGCACAGUGCAUGGCGCCUGCAAGCGCUGCGUGCCAGACGAGUCUUGGGGUGGUCGCGGCGGGGCAGGAGAUGCACGUUCAGAGCCGCCAGCCGGCGACCUCGUCUGGGGAGGAAGCGCGCGACACCGAACCGAGGAGUUAGGCGCAGCUAGGCGUAACUAGGUGCAGACAGGCGCCAACAGGCGUGGCCGACGGUGCUGCUGCCUCGCAGAUCGAUGCCAGCGGGCUAACGGGCAUGCUGCUGCAGCAGAUAACGCUUCCGCAACAGUCGCUCCAUGCAGGAAUAAGUCAGCCGCUAAGGGACAGCUUGUGGCAGAUUCCCAUCAGGACGUUGUACCACCUUCAAGAUGUAAGUCGCAUUGCAAGCAGCUCUAUCCUCGUCUAUCCCUGACAACACAGAUGAGUAUUCCAUAGAGACACUGAACUCAAGCCUUUUGUGGAUUUCAAAAACAUGCAACGCCUGGAAGAGGGCAACAGUGGCUCGAGGACGAUGCUGAGUGGCCGCAAGCGACCGCCGGAAGAGGAAGAAGACGAUCGGGAAGCUCGCGGCGUCAUGGCCACCAUUUCCGGUAUGGGCGCCGUCGCCACCGGCACCUUCAUCACGGGGCUGGCGAUGUUUCUUCUCGCCUUCGCCUCCACAGACUGGGUGGGCAUCGAGGACGGUCUGGCCCUCUCCUUGUGGCGCUCGUGCUCCAAGAGCUACGUGGACGGCGAGUGGAAGUGCGAGCCGUGGGAACGGACACCUGACUUCGUGAGGGCUGCUCAGGGCUUCUGCGUGGUGGGGUUACUGACCUUCGCGGUUUCACUGGUCAUCCUGGUGGCCUACCUGGCCGUGCCCUUCCUACAGGAGACCCGUGGCAUCCUCAUCGCCUUGUGUCUUCUUACCUUUUCAGCAGGUUGCAUGGUGCUGAUGGCCUUAGUGGUGAUGGGGGUCAAAGGGCGAGACUUUUGUGACGACAUCAAGCGUGACGACUGGGUGGUGCUCAUGUACUUUGCUAAGGGCGUGGACACGCUGGGACCCUUCUUCGUCGGCUGGUCUUUCAUCGUCGCUGUCAUCGCAUCCGUCAUUACUCUGGCCAGCUUCGCCUUCUGCAUGGUGGAGUUCAUCCGAGUGAAUGACGUCAUGCAGUGACAAGGAAAGAAUUCCAAAUAAACAAUUUUGAGCAAACAAAAACGAAAAAAACCCGAACACACGGAUUCCAGCUGUUCCAGUUUGUGACUAGGUGAUUUCAAUCGCCUUUUUCUGUACCCAGGAAGCCUCCUCCACCAGUCUGUCGUUCUGGCCCAGUUCGAGUGACUUUGCGACGAGCAAUGUUCUCACAUAUAUAUAUAUCUUACACUUCUUCUGCUAACUUCAGGACGUGUGUGUAUAGCCUGCUACAUUUAUCAAGCAGCUCACCCAGCACUGAAGGUGUGUCAGAAUCAUUCCAGCUUACACAUCGGCACCUGCCUCCGUCACUUGCUCAUUCAUGCAUGUCAUGAGUGGUGAAGCAAAUUUCCGCCAUCUUUGUCACCCAACGCUUCUAUUUUAUGUCUUUAUUUAUUUAUUAAACAUGCUGUUUUGUCCUACCCACGAUUCCUCAGUCUCAGGUGACUUAAGCAUCCUCUUGUGAAUUUAUUUACUGUCAACGGUGAAUUGAUGUUUAUGUUAGUAUUUGGCCAACCAGGUUUUCAGAAAUAUGUGUAGACAUGCUGAUUGCACCUUGCUGUGUCUUUCCCUUGGUACCAAUACCUUUGAUGGCACAGUUCUUAGUGGCAGGAGUUUGUUUGCUGCACAAAGCUGCUGAAUGGGUUACACUGACAAUCAAAGAUCUCCUUAGUCGGCAGAAUAAGACAAUAACAGCUUUUUGAAGCUGCACGACUUGUUCUCUCUUCAGCAUCCAAAACAUUGCACGCAAGUGAAGACAUUUAUUUUGAUCAUAUAAUGGUUUCUUUUGAUUACAAAAUGCUUCUUUUCCCUUUGUGACAAUUGAAAUUAUAGGAAUUAGAGCCAAAGUAGCUGUGAUGACAAUACCUGCAUGUUAAGUAAUAAUACCGGAGCUGCAUGUAUAAUUUUAUGUUUAUAUAUUGUCAUGAGUUUGCAGCAUGCUGUCACACAUACAUCCACAUUCAUGCGAGUGCAAUCACUCUUUAAACAAUCAUCUUCGUGCAAAAGAACCAGACAAACUUUAAAGUCAUAUUAGCAUUCCGUAGUUUAAUUACGAUGUCUCAUUAAUUGAUGUCCUGAAACUGUCAUUAAGGACAUUUUUUGUUUCCUAACAUUUACAAGCAGAGGUUCUUGGUCAUUCCAGGUAAGACGCACACGUUCACCUAUCAUGAUGUUGUUGUAUAAUCCAGAAUCACUUCGUUUCAGCCAAAGAGCAGUUUCCGAUACCCUCAUUCCGAAUUUUAAUUUCUGAAAUGAUUUUUGUGAUGAAAACUGACUGUUCCUGUGAUUUCUUUGUGGUUGUGAGUUUGUAAAAUGAGAAUGCAUAUUUUUAUAACCCUUGCUCAAAACUUGUAUAGUUUCUUUAGCGCCAUCUUUUGUGUUGUAUUAAUUCUUCCUUUACACUAGUUAAAUGAUCUCAUGUAUGUAUCUUCUUUCCCCAGCACCAACGGGACUCAAAACCCUUUACUUAUAUACAUACAGGCGCAGAAGUACACACCUUUUCGGCAUGGACAUAAACAUUCAUAACACACACAUACACAUUCCCGUGUCAUGGAGAUUGAGAGAAAUAACUCUUUCUGAGUGGUUCUAAAGCAAAUGCUUUACUGACUCUUUAAUUGAUUUGAAUCGGCUUAACGGCUCAGCUAGCCGUCUAACCUCAUCUGAUCUGAUGCAGAAAUUAAUUAGUUUGGCUCUAAUUUCCUCCUAAACUUGAUUGACAGCAGUAUUGCGAGAGAAACAUAUAACUCUCAGGACACAUCACUAAAAGACCUGUGAAUAAUAAGUUCGCUGUUUUUUGCACAAGAGUCAGAAACGGGGAACAUUUUUUAUGCGUACAAAUUUUCAAGAAGUCAGAACAAACCUGGUAGCCUUCCACAUCAGAUCAGAAAGUUAAGUUAAACAAGUAUGUACACUCUCUUCCUAGCAUGGCCCACAUGAAGUGAUAAUUUAUACUUUUCACCUACUUUGUAAGUUGGCGCUGCUGUAUUUAGUAUUGCUUUUGUCGGUAAUGUACAUCAAUACUAGCAGGCUCGAUGAAAAGGCCACAAUUUUUUAUUUUGUUUUGUUUUGUUUUUUUUUUUGCAGUCAGCGAUGUUUUGUGCCAGUAUGAGUGUUCUGCAGACAUUUCUAUGCUUUAAAUGCGGAUUUUUCUCAAAUACUUUGGUCAGCUUAUCUGUCUGUUUACUUGUUAUUGUUUUCAUAUCUAUCUGCUGACCAGUGUUCACUUUGAAGACAUUUGUUGAACCUUUUUUGAAAUGGGAAAGGAGUUACGGAUUUUUAAGUGCUCCUCUCGAUCACAAAUUAUUUUGAAAGAGGAUCCAUUAAUAAACAUCUUAUAGUUGAAAGCAAUUUUUUUUUUUGUUUUGUUAAUUAUGGGACCAGAGGCCUUCAGAUACGGUAUCUAAAAUCUAACUACAACGUCAGUGUACCUGGGGGCCUAGCCGUGAUAUAGCCUUAGUUGCUGGCACGGUGCAAAACUCAACUUACCAUUUGGGAGGGGGGGCUUAGGGACCCGGUGAAUUUUAUCUUUUGUGCACUCAUUUGUUUCUGUUGCUAUCAAUCGAGUUUAGCGACAGACUGUUUGGUUUGAUGAACUUGUCUGUGCCAAUGAAAUUCACUUGACACUGUUCGCAUUGGUCUUUAUAGUAAAUAAACUGUCACUGGUGUC